AUCAACUCCAAAAUUAUCAAAACAAACGAAGAACAAAAAACAAAGUUAGCUUCAAUGGCUUCCAGUGAUAAAGCUCCAGAUUCGAUGCCGGUGGGAGACGGAUCAGUCCCACCGGGAAAACCCUUGACGAUGGGGCAUCAAGUUAUUGACAAAAGUGCUCAGAUGCUACAAACGUUAAAACCAAUCAAACAAAUGAGCCAACAUGUUUGCACUUUUGCCGUUUAUGGACAUGACAUGAGUCGCCAGAUCGAAGCUCAUCAUUAUAUUACCCGAGUCAAUCAAGAUUUCCUUCAAUCUGCUGUUUAUGACUCCAAUGACUCAUCCGCUCAUCUUAUAGGUGUGGAAUACAUUGUGUCUGAUAGGAUCUUUGAUACCUUGUCACAUGAAGAACAGAAGCUGUGGCAUUCGCAUGAUCAUGAGGUGACAUCCGGAAUGUGGGUGAAUCCAGGUGUUCCUGAGAUGAUUCAAAAAUCCGAGCUUGAAAACAUUGCGCAUACUUAUGGAAAGUUUUGGUGCACUUGGCAAGUGGAUAGAGGUGACAGGCUUCCCCUUGGCGCGCCCGCUCUAAUGAUGUCACCACAAGUAGUAAACAUGGGGGUUAUAAAGCCAGAGUUGGUGCGCGUGAGGGAUAACAAGUUUAAGAUAUCAACUGAGGAGCUUAGGAAACAAAGGGCCAAUUUUGCAGUGUCUAAGCCUGGGAAUGCACGUGCGGCGGAUUACUGGAUGCACACUGGAAAGGGUUUUGCAAUCGACAUAGAACAUGUGGAAAUGAAAAUGUUGGAAGGGCCAAAGUAUCCAUGAUUUUUUAUUUGAAGUACUUAGGUGAUAUUUUGCCAUGGGUUACUUUGUGUCUUCUCUUUUUCUACGUUGUUAAAAUGGAUUGCAUAACACAAAAUAUUAAUUUGGUUCAAGUCUAAUAGUGUAGGGGCUAAGUUGUCAACUCUCUAUUAUUUUCUUUAGAC